GAAAAGAAAUUUGUGGGCUGGGAGUGGGCGGGGAUUGGUCGGCGCCAGCGCGCCCGCGCACCCGCAACGUGGUGUGCUGAUUCCCCCACCAUUUCCCGGGCCCCCCAUGUCCCCUUCUUCUCCCCCCUCUGCCCUCCCUCCGCCACCUCCCUCCUUCCUUCCUUCCUUUCCCCUCUCUCUGCUCUCUCGCUGCGAUCGUGAUCCCGUUAGCUAGCUAGCUACGGUCUUGCGGCGACUCGGAUGUGCGUGGCGUCUCACGCGCGAUCCCUCCCGGUGGCGCGCUGCCGAUGAGCUGCUCCAACUCCCGGAUUCCGGCGAACUCCUCAGGUCAUCUGGAGCACAGAUUUGGGUCUCUUGAGCUAUUCUGGUAAGCAUUGAGAUGGCCAGUGCAGAGACCAGCAAUGGGGACACCCAGAGGGGGGAUACCCUUCCAAAUGGAGACGUCUAUGUGGGCAACUUCGAUGGGUUAGUUCCUCACGGGAUGGGGAAGUAUAUGUGGACAGAUGGAGCCCUUUAUGAUGGCGAGUGGGAUAAAAGCAAGAUGACCGGACAAGGAAUAAUCCAGUGGCCUUCAGGCGCAUCCUAUGAAGGCGACUUCCGUGGAGGUUUCAUCGACGGAACAGGCACUUUCAAGGGAGUUGAUGGCUCGGUUUACAAAGGUUCCUGGAGGAUGAACAAAAAGCAGGGAAUGGGGACAAUGGUUUAUUCCAACUCUGACACUUAUGAAGGUUUGUGGAACGAGGGUUUACCGGACGGAUAUGGUAAAUAUACAUGGGCUGCUGGUAACAUCUACAUUGGAAACUGGAAAUCAGGUAACAUGAACGGCAGAGGCGUAAUGCAAUGGAUAAAUGGUGAUACUCUUGACUGUAAUUGGCUCAAUGGGUUUGCUCAUGGGAAAGGUUACUGCAAAUAUGCAUCAGGAGCAUGUUACAUUGGUACAUGGGAUAGGGGAGUCAAGGAUGGCCAUGGCAUAUUUUAUCAACCAGGAAGUAAAAUACCCUGUAACCUUGAAGUUUCUGAAUGCGCAACAAAUAAUGAUUGUACAAGUGCUUCAAGUUCCAGUAAUGUGAAGGCCAAAAUUGGACUAUUAUUUAUAUUGCAAAAUAUGUGCAACAAACGGGGACUACGUAGGUUCUUUCAUCGUCCCAGGCGCAUUUCCAACGGUACAACACCAAUUUUUUAUGAUGAUUCCCGAAACCACUUAUCACAAGAUUUAUGCAAUAAAUCCUUGUCAAGUAAUGAGCGUUUACGAGACUGUGAUGUUCAUAAGGAUCUGGUCUAUGAACGGGAAUAUGUACAAGGAGUGCUUAUCUUGGAACAACCAAAAGGCAAAGAUUCAGGAAUGUUGGACAGUGGUGAAACACAGGAGAAUACAUGGCAAAAACAAGAGAGAGGGCCAAUGGAGACUAUUUACAAGGGCCACAGGAGCUAUUUUCUAAUGCUCAAUUUGCAACUUGGCAUUAGGUAUACCGUGGGUAAAAUCACCCCUGUACCUUUGCGUGAAGUUCGUUCAAAUGAUUUUGGACCUAGGGCCCGGAUAAGAAUGUACUUCCCUUGUGAGGGCUCGCAGUAUACACCUCCGCACUGCUCUGUUAAUUUCUUUUGGAAAGACUAUUGUCCUAUGGUCUUCCGGAAUCUCCGGGAAAUGUUUCAUAUUGAUGCUGCAGAUUACAUGAUGUCUAUAUGUGGGGGUGAUAGUCUAAAGGAGCUUUCUUCACCUGGCAAAAGUGGCAGUAUUUUCUAUCUUUCCCAGGAUGAACGAUUUGUCAUAAAAACAUUGAGAAAAAGUGAACUGAAGAUACUGUUGAAGAUGCUCCCAAAAUAUUACAAUCACGUCAAAGCUUAUGAUAAUACUCUCAUCACGAAAUUUUUUGGCGUGCACAGGAUUACUCUGAAAGCUGGAAAAAAGGUCCGUUUUGUCGUGAUGGGAAAUAUGUUCUGUACUGAGCUGCGAAUUCAUCGUAAGUACGACUUAAAGGGCUCUACACAGGGCCGAUCAACAAAAAAACAAAAAAUUAACGAGAACACAACAUUAAAGGAUCUUGACCUAUCACAUGCUUUUCAUGUUGACAAACCAUGGAGGGAGGCGCUUUUCAGGCAGAUAGCUCUUGAUUCUAUGUUCCUGGAAUCUCAAUCCAUUAUCGACUAUAGCAUGCUAUUGGGAAUACAUUUCAGAGCUCCCCAGCACUUGAAGGCUGUCAUGCCCCAUCAGAACACCCUUGAAAGCAGCGGAAUUUCAUCUGCUACCGAUUGUAACAUUCCACCCCAUUCUGAGGAUACAAGUUCUUCAAAAGGAUUUCUACUAGUCGCUCAUGAACCAGGUACGACAGUAGGUGGUUCCCACAUUAGAGGAAGCAUGGUCAGAGCAUCAGAAGGUGGUUACGAGGAAGUCGAUCUUGUUUUGCCAGGCACCGGAAGGUUCCGCGUGCAGUUAGGGGUGAACAUGCCAGCUCAAGCUCGGAAAUUGCUGGAGAGCACGGACCCAAUUGAGGAGUACGAUGUUGUGCUUUACCUCGGUAUCAUAGACAUAUUACAGGAGUACAACAUGUCCAAAAGAGUAGAACAUGCAGUCAAAUCGCUUAAGUUUGAUCCUCUUUCAAUAUCAUCUGUUGAUCCGAAUUUGUAUUCGAAACGAUUCAUAAGUUUCUUGGAGAGGGUUUUCCCUGAGCAUGACUAAAUAGAGAGGCCGUGAACAGUACAUAGCAGUAACAGGCCAUUUUCAUUUUUUCUUUUCAUGUAAAGGAUGAACAUAUUCUCCACUGGACUUACUUGAUAGGCAACACGGUUCUUGUGCAGCUCCAAAAAAAUUAUACUGGUGACUAGUUUCCCUUU